AUGACUAUGCUUUGUACCGGGCUAGCCCCAAUGCUAAAUGACUCAAAGGAAGGCUUCACAGUGGAAGGCUGGGUGGUCCGGGAGGGAAGACUGGUUAAGCUGAAGACAGAUAAGAAGUCGAGGGAGACGGAUAUGACGGAUCCCGAUACUAUAAUGGAUGAAGUGGUGAAGCGUAUUACAGGAGAGGCAAUGCGCCUCUGGGCCAUUCCAUACCCACAAUUUGGUGAAGAAGAAGAUAACCAGCGAAAACCUUCAGUAAAUUACAAGGUGCGGUAUAAAACGUUAAACAGCUUGUUUACCAGAAGUUUUUAUUUGCAGGGCAAUGCACAUUGUCAUUGUGCUGCGGCCUCUGCUCAGAUGAAACCCCUGGUCGCCAUGCAUACCAUACAACAGACCCAGCCGAUCACUUAUUCGAUAAACUUUUUGAAUCACCAUUAUAAGCGGGAACUCGAUGUGAAGUGCAAGGGUAUAUCUGCUUCCUUCAAGGACGUCGACGGAGCUCCCAAAAUUACUUCAAGCAAGACUCCUAUGGCAAUAGGAAGGGGGUGGUGCGAUGUGCCCUGCUGA